GAGAGCAUCCCUUGCCCCGACAAACAUUCAGCUGUUGGUCGCACACGUGCGCUUUAGAAAUAUUUACAUUCGAGUUUUUUAUUCAAGUUUUUAGCUAAAAUGAGUGACGAUGAAGAGACCUACGACUCGAGGGCCCAUCAAAAGCUGCUGCAGGCUAUCGGCAGUCUGGGCAGUGGGCAGCACAUCCAGAAAUCCACACGCGAUGAGAGGCAGUCCCGCCAGGAUGAGUUCCAGUUGGUCAAGAGCGUGCCUGUAACGCAAGCGGAACAUGGACCACGAUCGGUGGGCUUGAACGACUUAGUGCAAAUCCUGCGCACCUCUUCGAAGCACAGCCAGACGGGGAAAAAGCUCAAAAACGUCCAGAGCACUCGGAAGGUGCUGCAGAAGCCUCUCGAGAAACCUCAAGCGGAUCGCAUCAAACGAACAAUUGGAUACGAGGGAGUGACCAAGAAACUGGGUCGCUGGGAUGCUGUGGUGGCACAGCAACGCUCGGCGGAGACGCAGAUCUUCCCGCUUCCCUCGGAGACUAUCUACGUAAACACAAAAGCUAAUGUGCGCAGAUUGCCCACAAGUAUAAAGUCAAACCUGGCAAUCGAGCUGCAGAAUACCGAUCUGAAGCUGCGGGAGCUACGUAAAGCACAAAUUGGCGACACUACCGAUGAGAAGGCUCUGGCAGAGCAGGAGAGCCAAUUGCUCGCCAAAAAGCUCACCAAGGACGAACUCUUUGCCCGCCGCAAGGAACUGGCAUACCUCAAAAUGCGAGAGUCUCAGAAAUCGGCCAAGGCACGGAUGCAGAAUAAGAUCAAAUCGAAGAAGUACCACAAGCUGCAGAAGCGCCAAAAGCUCAUUGAGCAGAUGAAGGAGUUCGAGCUGUUGCAGAAAACUAAUCCCGAGGCGGCGCUGGAGAAACUGAAUGCCUUGGAGAAGAGUAGAGUGCAAGAGCGUGCUAGCUUGCGGCACAAGAACACCGGCACCUGGGCCAAGAACCUCCAAGUACGCGCCAAGUACGACAAGGAGGUUCGCAAGGAUCUGGCGGAGCAACUGGCCGUUAGCAGGGAGCUCACUCAGAAGAAGGAGGAAUCCGACAGCGAAGAGGAAACCACAACCGCAGCAGCUGAGAUCGAGGAUGAGGAUUACGAUCCUUUCAAUCCCUGGACCAAAGGGAAGACUUCACAAAACGGGGACAAGGCUAACGACGAUAAUGAGGAUCCAAACUGGCGGAAAUAUUGGACGGAACGCAAUGAGAACGAGAAACUGUUGGAACAGCAUCGCAAGGACAUGGACGAAGGUGAAGAAGAGUCCCAGGAAUCUGAAGGGGAUGAUGAAAAAGAAGUCGUGCUUCCUGCAAAAUCUACAAAGACCAAGAAAACUACCAAGAAGGCCAAAGUUCUGAAAAAUGGAUGGCAGGUGGAAAAGGUCAAACCGGAAAAGAAAAAAAAAGAAAAGGUCAGCGCCCAAUCGAAAUCCAUUGAAGAUAUUUUUGACGAACAGAACGAUGUCUUGAGGGCUAAGCUGAGCAGGAAGCUGGAGAAACUUAAGAACCAGGUGAAUAAACUCGAAAAAGCUCCCGUCAAAGGGAAGAAGUCGAAGAAGAAGAAGGAUGCCCUUAAAAACCUGGACGACCUGACGUUCAAAAACAAAAAGCAAGUGGUGGAGAUUGAUGAGCCUUUGAACUACGAAGCCCAAGAGGAGACACCCAAGAACGUACCCGAGGCUGAAGAAUCGGAAGCUCCCAAAUCCACAGACACCCCAGCUGUCGAUACAAUAGACCCCAACAAAGUCGCCACCAUAGUGUGGACUCAAAAGAAAACAAAAUCCAAUGGCAUUAAUGACGUUCUGAUAGACGACGAGGGUGCGGAUUACGAUGAGGAUGAUGCGGCAGCUGAUCGCCAGCUAACAAUUAGCCAGGCAUUCGAGGACGACGACAUUGUAGCCGAUUUUAAUAGAGACAAGUCCAAGGACUCUGAACUGAAGAACACGGAAAUCCAGUUAGCCCUUCCAGGAUGGGGUUCCUGGGCUGGAGCCGGCAUAUCGAAGGAAGUGAUGGAACGCCGAAACAAGCGACUUUUGCUGAAACUGGCAGCCCCCGAAAAGCGUCGAGAUGAGAACAAGGAUAAUCUCUAUCUUAACGAAAAUGGUAGCAAACAGGCGCGUGAGCACAUGGUCUCCAGCGUCCCCUUUCCCUUCCGCUCCCUGGCCGAUUACGAGGCCAGUAUUCGGGCCCCGAUCGGACGGACUUUUGUGCCGGAGACCGCUUUCCGGAUGCUGACGCGACCGGCGAUUAUUACUCGCAAGGGCCAGGUCAUUAAUCCCAUGGAGGAGAGCGAGCUAGUUAAGCCGGACAGACGUUUGCGCCAUGUCGUGGACAGGAGAAUAAAGCGGCUGCCGAAAGUACCUUCCAAAUAUAAAAAAGCUUAGAAAUAAAAUA